UUCUCCUCUCGCAAGGCACUUCCCCGCUGAUCGUCACUAUCCAUCCUCAUCCGUAUUGAUCCCCGCCACCGUUAAGAGAGAGAUGGAAAUAACGAUGCUCCUAUGUGAUCUUCAUAUGUAAAUGUCCGCGGACGAGAAAGAGGAGAGGAGAUGAUAGCACCAGGCGCAACAUAGCACUUACCUGCCUUGGUCUUUUUCCAUCCUUAUUUUAUUUUCUUUUAUUUCACGUUUUUUUUGUGCUCCUGUGUGCUUUUGGUGACGUUUCGGGGGGGCCUGCAUGCGGUGACCGGCGGGAAUGUGUGACGACCAUGCUGGUGGUAAGGUGCUUCUUGCUCUUUGCUGCAGUGGGCGAGCGGCUGGCGGUGGCAGGUGUAAACGGGAGCCCAGGCCAUGAUGGAGCCACCUGGGAUUGGUCGUCAUGGUCCGGGCAGAGGACGGAGGCCAGCGACACGGCGGCCCAGGUGACCUAUCCCAAACGUCUGGUGCAGAGGACUGAGUCAGAGCAGGAAAUGGCUCACGGGCACCUGGACACCAGAGUGAAAAAUGACACACAACACACCUCGGUCGUCCACGUGGCACAGAGCUGUUUCCAGGUGGAAGCCUUCGGACGUACAUUCACGUUGGACCUGGAACUCAACCAUCACCUGCUGUCCUCGGACUACGUGGAGCGCCAUUUCACGCCGGGCGGCCGACCCUUGCAGUCACCGGGAGGAGAGCACUGCUACUACCAGGGAAGGUUACGAGGUGUGCCGGAAUCCUGGGCAGCCCUCUCUACCUGCCACGGCCUGUGUGGGAUGUUCUCCGACGGCAUCUUUUCAUAUGGGAUUGAGCCUGUUCACAAUGACAACAAUGAGGAAAAUGGUGCCCACCUGAUCCAGAGGAUGUCCGAUUUCAGGCUCUCCCCACGAUGCACAGAUUGCACAGAGGACAACGAGUGGGAUGGCAGAGGAGGAGGUGGUGAAGACCAAAGGGGGGUCCCGAAGCAACAGCAGGAGGCGUCGGGGGUGGUGUUAAGGCGAUCCAAGAGGUUUGCACGCAGACCUUCCGUGCAGUCAGAGACCAAAUAUAUCGAGUUGAUGGUGGUCAACGACAAUGACUUGUUUGUACAGCUGCGACGCUCCGGCAGCCACACGAAAAACUUGGCCAAAGCGGUGGUCAACAUGGCGGAUGCGCUCUACAGGGAGCAGCUUAACACAAGGAUUGUGCUGGUCGCCAUGGAGACGUGGACCUCAAAGAACAUGGUGCCGGUGGUGGAGGACCCUAUGACCACGUUGCAGAACUUUAUGAAGUACAGGCGGGACAACAUCCGCGAGCGGAGCGACGUUGUCCAACUUUUCUCAGGACGCACAUUUCAGAGUGGCCGCAGCGGGAUGGCAUACACGGGAGGAGUGUGCUCGCCGACGAGGGGAGGGGGCAUCAAUGAGUUUGGGACUGUCGGCACCAUGGCCAUCACUUUGUGCCAGAGCCUGGGCCAGAACAUUGGGAUGAGGUGGAACAAUGCACGUAACUCUGCAGGAGACUGCAGGUGCCCUGACACCUGGCUGGGUUGUAUUAUGGAGGACACUGGAUACUAUCUGCCGCGGAAGUUCUCUCGCUGCAGUGUGGACGAAUACAUCCAGUUCUUGCUCCAGGGAGGCGGCAGCUGCCUUUUCAAUAAGCCCAACAAGCUGCUGGACCCUCCAGAAUGCGGCAACGGCUUUGUAGAACCUGGCGAAGAGUGUGAUUGUGGAUCGCAGGUGGAGUGUGCUCGCAGUGGAGGAGCCUGCUGUAAAAAAUGCACACUCACGCACGACGCCAUGUGCAGCAAUGGGCUGUGUUGCAGUGGCUGUAAGUACGAGCUGAGAGGCGUGGUGUGUCGAGAGGCUGUAAACGACUGUGACAUCCCAGAGACUUGUACUGGAGACUCCAGCCAGUGUCCUCAUAACGUCCACAAGUUGGAUGGCUACUCAUGUGAAUCUAAUCAAGGUCGCUGUUAUGCUGGACGGUGUCGCACUCGAGACAGACAGUGUAGGGGGCUCUGGGGGUUCAACUCAGCAGACAGGUUUUGUUAUGAGAAGCUCAAUGCCGAGGGGACCGACAAAGGGAACUGUGGUCGGGGUCCCGGCGGCCAAGGCUGGCUUCAGUGCAACAAGCCGGAUGUUUUGUGCGGCUUUCUGUUCUGCGCCAACAUCAGCACAAAACCAACAUUUGGAGACCUUCAAGGCGAAGUGACCAGCUUCACCCUCUACCACCAGAACAAGUACCUGGACUGUCGGGGCGGCCACGCUCUGCUGGAGGAUGGCUCCGACCUGGGCUACGUGGAGGACGGCACUCCCUGCGGGCCCAACAUGAUGUGCUUGGAGCGACGCUGCCUCCCGGUGGCGGCCUUCAACCUCAGCAGCUGCGCUGGAUCCAACAUGGGACGCAUCUGUUCUGACCACGGGACGUGCAGCAAUGAGGUGAAGUGCAUCUGCGACAGAGACUACACCGGCAAGGACUGCAGCGUCUUUGAUCCCAUUCCCGAGCCCACUGUCCCGACGGGCCCGGAAAAGAAAGGUCUGGUGGAGGAUAAGAUGUUCAUCAUUAGUCUCUGUGUCCUGCCCACUCCGUGUCUUCUUCUUCUCCUUGGUCGCACAGUGUCCUCGUCCACGUUGGAGGCACAAAAAAAGGGAACAACAACAAAAUGUCUUCCAUUCCUGUUCCUGUCUCUCCAGUCCUCCUUUCAGUGUCACCCUUCGUUCUCUUUCCUUCUUUACUGUGCUAUCACACCAGGGUUGGGGUCUUCCUCAAACAUCAGGAUUAUGGAAAGCAAAUCAGCCAAAAUGUCUGCACUGCCUGCCUGGACCACAGACUUCUUUUAAUGCCAUUUUUAAGAGCUCGAUGUGUAAAAUAAGCGAAAAAUGCUGAAGAGGUUCAUUCCCUGCCACAGCCUCAAGAGCUCGCGCACAUUUCCUCCACCUUAAGAGCCUAGACUGGAUCCGGGCUUGGUUGGUUUCACAUUGGGACUGGACUGAAGUGGAUUUCGACUAGUACUGCAUCUGGAUGAGUUGAGCCUCAGAUGAAUAGAUUUUAAAUUGGAUUUAUUUGGACGAGAUUGGCAUUAGGUCUGAACUAAACCGGUGUCGAUCUGGACUGGAUAAGUACUAGUACUAGAACUUGGAUUAGACUGGCACCAUGCUGGACCAGUUUGGACCUGAACAUGUUUGGAUUUGGACUAGUGAUCAACUGGACCAAAUCCGGACUAGAUUUGGACUACCGGUACUUCUGAACUAGGCAUGUUUUGCAUAACCACUCUUCUAGGAAGAAAUGGGACACCCCUGUCCAAAAUAAAAAUAAAAGAGCCAACGUUUUUGACAUGGAGAAAAGACAUUGUGAUCACUGACUGCUCACGCCAACAACAGAAGGAAGAGGGGUCAUGUCACUUUGCCUACACUGAAAAAACAAAACAAAAAAAACACUGGAAAUUGUAACUGUUUUUGAAACCUUGGGGGGGGGGGGGUGAUGUACAUUGAAAUCAACAAUCAUCCCAUGCCUUGUCUGAACCGGAUCUGGAUUAGAUCCAGAUUUACCCUGGAGCCUAGCUGGAUCUGAAUCUGAUCAGGACAAGAUCUGGAACAUAGGUGCAGCCUUACCAUCACAGUGAAAAAUCCAAGCACGUUUUCCAAAGAAGAACUUGAGGAGGGACAAACCGUUUAUAUCCCAACUGCCAACCGACGGGUCCCAGUGGACUCCACUAAUACUGAAGGAUUGUGGAAGCUUUUUUAAAAAAUUU